AUGGCGUUCAAUGCAUGUGACAUGCAACACAUUACCAUGCUCUUUCUUUUCCCCUGCAUUCUCCCCCCCAGAUUCCAUCCCACCGCGCCGGUCGCUAGUUUAAAUCUGUCCCGGAGCCCACUCUCACGGUACUUCACCAUGGAUCCACUAAGUGUCAUCGCCGUUACUGGCGCUAUUGCACACCUCAUUGAACUCGCAUCUCAAACAAUCCAGAGAAUUGAAGAAUUCGACGACGACCUUCAUUCUGAUGACUCAUCUCUCUCUUUGCGGGAUCUCCAAGCCUCACUAAGUGCGCUGAAAGUAACACUGUCAAAAAUCUACAAAUGGCUUGAAGCGCCUAGCACUCCGGGGGGCGUCAAAACUACGCGUCGACUGGUCAUCGAUAUAGAUCUCUCGGUUCCGAAUUGCAAGAUGAUGUUAGAGAAUACUGUUGCACAUCUUACCGAGAUGCGGGAGAAGGAUGGGAGGUUCGACAUCGGGCCAAGGACGCCAGCAGUCUCAACUACAGACAUGACCAAGCUUGACGAUUUGAGAAAAACGUUUGAACAGCAGACUACAACCCUCGCUCUGCUACUGACCGCUUCUCUUUCCUACCUAUUCCAUAUUCCCCAUUCCCCAUUCCCCAUAUUCACCUCGCUCACCACAUCCAGCGACUCUCCCUCCUCACAAACACAAGGCCUACAAAUUCAUUCAUCCCGCCAAAUUUUGCUCCAGACGCAAUCCGACACUUCCCCGCUUUCCCUACACGCUCUUGAUGACACUGCUUCAUACCUCACUGGUUGCGUCACAAACAAUACAUCGACUACUUCGCUCAUCCCCCACAUUGAUACCGAAGCCAUCCGAUCUCGACUUUACACACGCUACAUGAGAGACCCAUUCAGGGUUCUCCUGCGGGGACGAUGCGGGAGUGAAAGAAGGGCAGAGGUGCCACGUGCGAAGUUUAUGUACGAUGAGAUUAUUUGCAGAAAGCCGAUUCCAUAUCGGCUGCACAUAGGGUGCGGGCUGGUGGUAGCGAGCAAGAGACUGCACAGUGCAACGCUUGAGGAAUACACCGGAUAUUAUUUUCCGCAUAUAUAUAUGAUGUCCCUCAUGGGUAGCUUUGACAAGGUGGGUAUCGUUUUCACGCGGCCUGAAGUCAGUGUUACCUCCACAGAUCCCAGAUAUCUACACCAUAUUCGUAAUCACCAAAUCACGUCACGUCACCAUAUCACAACAUCAAUAAGCAAAGCACACAAAACCUCUCUCAAGUUCCUCUAUGGUUCCAUUAAAGUGUCCAUUCAACAAGCCAGAGCAUCACGAACCCAGACAGAACAGAUAAAACGCAUACAAGCUCAAGCCGGCACAAAUAAGACAAAAUAG